AGUGUCAACAUUACUAUCUAGGCUUCCUGUUCGCCUCCCCUACGUGCUGAUGGGAACUUCUGGGACGCUGUGUCCUGUGUGAGCAAACUGCGACGUUGUGUUCAUUUAAAAUAUUGACUCUUUGAAGAGAUAGAUCAAGUGCAGCGUCAGGAGGAGGAUGUCGGGCGCGGAGGGGAGGGUGUAGCGGGUGGCGAUGCCCUACUGCUGCUGCUGCUGCUCUGGCGGCUGGCGCUGGUCAUGAUUCCUACACCCUCUACCGUCAUUCACACCCCCACGCGCCCCAAGCUGGGCUUUUCUAUUGACAGUAUCGUCGGGCGUGGGGGAGUAGAGGCGAGGGAGUCACCGCCCCUCUCACCAGGGUCCCCACGAGGGAGCCCACGACCCAGGAGCCCGCUGGGGUCCUUCCAAGAUCUGCAUAAAACACAAGUUCGGAUCCCCGAGCCCAUCCACCCCCUGGUUCCUACGUCUGUGCCUACGUCAUUAGCUCACCACCCGGCAGCCAUCCCGUCCCUACAGACUCUACACGGCCUCCAUGUACCACAAGCCCUCCACCUGGCGGCUCUGCUGCCCCCUGGGACUGCCCAUGGUUUGCACCCAGCAAUGCACCCCGUCCUGCUGGGCCAGAUGCCACAAUUGGGCACGCCCUUACCCCCGGCGCCAGGACCCAGGGAGUUCCCGCUGUACCCGUGGCUCCUCUCCAGGCACUCCCGGCUCUUCGGCCACAGGUUCCCAGGGCCAGACUUCCCGUCGUUCCUGUUGCCCUUCAGGAAGCCCAAGAGGAUCCGGACGGCGUUCAGCCCGAGUCAGCUGCUGAAACUUGAACAAGCGUUUGAGAAGAACCAGUAUGUGGUGGGAGCCGAGAGGAAACAGCUGGCCCAGACCCUCAACCUCUCUGAAACACAGGUGAAGGUGUGGUUCCAGAAUCGGAGGACCAAGCACAAGAGGGUACAGCAGGAGGAGGAGCAGCAGGCUGGAGGAGGAGGACCGAAGAAGGAUGACUCGAGCGGCAAUGCUGACGGUGGCAAGGGCGACUCUGGUAAAGCCGACGACAAGGACGACCUCUCCAUGAUCGAGUACGACGAGGACGACGUGAUGAGUGACGAGGAAUGUGACCCCCGAGGCCAGGAGGGCAGUGCGCAGUCCUAGAACCUGACGCUGAUCACAUUGCGCAGUCCUAGAACCUGACGCUGAUCACAUUGCGCAGUCCUAUAGAACCCAAUGUUCGUCUGGGCUAGAAAACCAGCCUGGCGCUUACCAUAUGCGCACUCCUUGAAUCUGACAAUUACUUUCUGCGCAGUGCAAGAACUCGAAGUAAGCCAAGACUAAAAGGAGGCAUCGAGCACGUCCAAUUAAAACCUAUCACUGACCAUCACUCAGGUCAGGCAGGUGACAAGAGAGAGACAACACAUGGAAAACAAGGAUGAAACAUAACGUAUUUUCCACAGUGUUGAAAGAAGAAAAACCCCGAUGAAAAAUGUUAAAAUAUCUUGAUCAAAGGAAAUGAAAAGUGUAAAAAUGUUCUCUCUCUAUUGAUAAAGAAAUCCUGAAUAUUAUAGAGUGUGUGAAGUGAAUAAAAAAAACCCGGAGUAAUAGUGAGGAGAGCAACGCUAAGUUACCGGACGAAAAAAGUGUUAUACUUCCCUAGAAAACAAAAGAAAAACUCAUUCGUCUUUUUCUCCCUCCCGCCACAUUCUUAUGAUGAUUCUUAAUACAUAAACAAGUGAAUGUCUGGGAAUAAGGGAGGAAUCUGAUAAUAAAGAGAGAGAGAGAGAAACCAAGACAAUAAUAAACAAUGACUAGUUAGUGAAUUUUCAAGCUGGAGAUUAUUGUUAUAUGAUAUACAGCCUUGAGAUAUAUUGAUAUAGAGAUGUCCAAAAUUAAAUAAUAGACGAAAUAGGUAUAUGUAAGAAAGUGUGUGUGUGUGUGUGGGUGUGUGUGUGUGUGUGUGUGUGUGUGUGUGUGUGUGUGUGUGUGUGUGUGUGUGUUAUGUAACUCUUCAAGGAUAAAGAGAUCAAGUGUCAGAUUCCAGUUGUGAAAAAUAAUUGAUCAAAAAAAAAUUCACUGAAAAUUUAACACAUUCCCAAACGCCUUAUAAUGUAGUAGUGGUCGUAGAUGAGUAGUGAAGCAUGAUCAGAGACAGACAGACAGACAGACAGACAGAGAGACAGACAGACAGAGAGAAAAUCUUACUCUAGAUGAGGAUUAGAUAAAGGAAUGUCACAUCAGGGUUUUAAGAGAUCUGGGUGACCGUGAUACUGUAAAACCUGUAAGAGAGAGAGAGAGAGACAGAGAGUCUACGAUACUUCUGGAGUCUGUAAAUUUCACACAAAUUCCUAGAUAAUAUUGAUAACAGCAAACUUGUAUGGAACUUAGGUGUGUGUGUGUGUGUGUGUGUGUGUGUGUGUGUGGCGUGAAUAGUUGAAGAUGGAAGCAGUGUUGGUGGAGGCAGUGUUGGUGUAGGCAAUGGUGAUGAAGGAGGCAGUGUUGGCGAAAGAGGCAGUGUUGGUGAAGGAGGCAGGCAGUGUUGGUGAAGUAGGCAGUGUUGGUGAAGGACAGUGUUGGUGAUAAAGUGAGAACAAGUAGAGACGGCCAUGAUGUUCCUACAUGUACAGACUACAAACCUAAUAAUUUUAUACACACGAGAGAGAACAAAAACAACAAACAAACAAACAAACACACAAACACCCAUUAGAUUUUUCCCUAUAUAAAAAAAACCAAUACAAAAACACUCCUUUACCACAUCUAAGGUAUUUAAUAAUUAAUAAAGUAUGUAAUUACGAAAUCUUACACGUAAUUUUAAAACGAAACACCUGUUGUAAAUAUUACCUUCGUUGUAACUUCAUCCAAACCCUGGAAUUAAAUAGAAAAUACAUGCAAUUAUAUUUUUAAUGAGGAUAUUAUGUUUAAUUAAUUAUGAGAGACCUGUGUUAUUACCGUCAUUACCUGAGAUGAGUUACAGGAGGUUGUCAAAAUAAAUGAGAUGUAAUGUCUCGAUUCAUAAUGAGGUGAAUUGUAGAAAUGACUCACAUGUACGGAGUCAUAUGCUACUCAUGAUGCUGUGAGUUGUAGAAAUGACUCGCUAGGUAUACGGAGUCAGGUGUGAUUUAUACAGUGACUCACAUGCGACUCACCACCCAGUGACUCAGUACCCGGCUCACAAGACAGCGAAUAUUACUUAGUGAAUAUAGGAAACAGAAGAGGCUUAACACUGUUUAUUAGAGCCUCAGUUAAUGUGAGUCUUAGAAAGUCUUAACAGUCUCUCUCAAGUGGUCCAGUGCCAUGUUAUUGACCCAACCAUGACCCACUCACAACCUGACCUCACAACCUGACCUCACAACCUGACUUCACAACUACUCACAAUUUGACAUCAACAACUUGACCUAAUAACCAACUGUGACUUCAUCUAAUGACUUCUCGGACUUGUUACUUGGACUAAAGAAAUUCCUGUUGUUAUUUUGUGGACUUGUUACUCUGACUUGGAAAUCCAAUUCUGACUUAUUAAUCGGACUUAAUUUUUUUUUUACUGGCUUUUUGGACUUGGUAUUGACUUCGGAAAUAUGUAUUUCCUUUCUUGACUCAUUGGACUUGCUAACUCACUCGCUGAUUCAUUGGACUUGUUACUGACCCACUGACUGAUUGGACUUGUUAACUGACUCACUGACUCAUUGGACUUGCUUACUGACUCACGCGGCCAACACUCGGCGCUUCAGCUACACCAAAGAGUGUCUGUUUACUCUGCACAGGAAAAACUUACUGUGUCUUUUGAAACUCUCACUCUGGUCAAAACUCACAUCAUGGUCAAAACUCACACCAUGGUCAAAACUCACACCAUGGUCAAAACUCACACCAUGGUCAAAACUCUCUGGUCAAAACCCUCACUAACUAUACCUGACUUUCACUGUUCUUUUACGCUAAUCAAAUAUUUUAUUUUAUUUUUUUUUUAAUGUAGGAUAGUAGUCAUGGCAACCUUCAAAGAUGCUUGACUUAUCAUGAAAUUGUAUGCCAUUUGAAAUUAACUAUCCAGCUACCAUUACAUAUUCUUCUGACUACUGGAGAAACUGUAUUGAUGAUAAAACCAAUAAUAUAUUUUUUUUAUUUCUACCAACCACGUCAAUGUGUCCUUGAUAAAGUCCCACUAUAGUUUUUGUUAUAAAUAUUUAGUCUCCUGUAUCGUGUAGUUUGUAUAUGUCUUCCUAAUUUAUUAUAUGUCUGUGUUUGUGUCGUCACGAACAAGUCCUAAAGAUACAUACAUAGUCUUAUUGCAAAAGGAAAUCACAAUAUAUACGUGGAUAGCAUAAUACAUGGAACUCGUAAGGCAAAAAUGGAGGGAAUAAUAGUUAAGCUUUCGGAUUCAUUUCAAGACAUUUUCAUCGUGGUUAGUAUCAGUGAAGAUGUCUUGAAAUCUAGUUGAGUUCUUGGAGUUCCUAUUUCUAUUUUCUUUGUGAGUUUCAUGUAUUUAAAUAGCGUUUUUGCUUGAGUCUUGUGUCUUUGACCCUCACAACUAUCUCUUCAUAUUAGACUCCACUAACUUAGGUGUCUAACCAAUCAUUUCUCUUUGUUUUCUGAUGCUGCUUCUUCAAUCUCAGCCUUGAAUGAUGUGACAAAAAUAAUGUAACACUUUGUACUCCUGAUCAACGUCAUAUAACUCAUGUCUUCAUUGUAUUCAUGUUCCUAUUGUCCUCAUGUCAAACUCCACCUCAUGAGAUGUUCAAUAUAGCAUUUUUUUUAUUUACUAUUGCAUUAUCAGUCGUGAGAGAUAUAUUAUGUACAACUAUAUACCUUUGAGAAUCCUUACGUCGCGUGGUUCUGGUCAAGAGUCUUAUAUCCUAGAGAGACGGAAGCCGACAGAAGCCAAGAUUAGUUGUGUAUUGUAAAAUGAAACCUAUGCUACUGAGUUGUCUGUGGCUGUCUGUGUUUUGUUGUGGUACAGACUGAGGACACCUUUCUAUUGUCUGUGGCUGUCUGUGUUUUGUUGUUGUACAGACUGAGGACACCUUUCUAUUGUCUGUGGCUGUCUGUGUUUUGUUGUGGUACAGACUGAGGACACCUUUCUAUUGUCUGUGGCUGUCUGUGUUUUCUUGUGGUACAGACAUCUGGCUGUUGUGUUCUUACCUUCUAUGACACAAGAACUUAACUCUGGUGGAGACCCUGAAUGUGUUUUUUUGUAUUUUGUUUAGUGCCAAAGAGUUUCUUGGCGUUGUAUAAUAUGUACAAUUUUCUGUAAAUAAAGACUGGAAUAAAUAA